UGAGGGAUCCCUCAUAACAAUGGACGACAGUCAUUAAAUAUCAAUAGUUGCAUUGUACACAGAAUCACAUCCCCCAACCAAACACAACAUGCAGACACUACGCAGCAAAAUGCUAUCUUGCUCAACACCUUUGUUCUUCCUCUGCUGCCUACUGCUAGUAUCAUGCCUUCUUCUCUUGGAAGAAGCACAUGCGGCACGCCAUGGAGGGAUCUCACUGAGGUCUCAACACACAGCCCUCCUCCAAUGGAAAGCUACACUUGCAAGCACACCGUUGCAGAUGAGCUCCUGGCAGGAAAACACCAGCCCGUGCAACUGGACAGGCAUCAUGUGCGCGUCUGUUCGCCAUGGCCGCCGCAUGCCCUGGGUGGUGACCAACAUCUCCCUGCCAGAUGCUGGCAUCCAUGGCCAGCUUGGUGAGCUCAACUUCUCAGCUCUUCCAUUCCUAACAUAUAUUGAUCUUCAGAACAACACUCUCCAUGGUGCACUGCCUGCUAGUAUCGGCUCACUGUCAGCACUUUCGGUACUUCACCUUCCCUACAACCAGCUCACAGGGAAAAUUCCUGCUGAGAUUGGUGACCUGCAAAGUCUCAGGCUGCUUGAGCUCUCAUUUAACAGAUUCACAGGACAUAUCCCUGCAUCUCUGGGUAACCUAACAAUGUUAACUGAUCUUCUCAUUCACCAAAACAUGGUAUCAGGUCCCAUUCCCGAGGAGAUUGGAAGACUUGUCAACCUACAAAAUCUACGACUAAGCAACAGCACCUUAAGCGGUUUGAUACCGAAAACCCUUGGAAAUCUGAGCCAACUAAAUGCAUUAUGCCUGUUUGGUAAUCAACUUUCAGGGCCUAUACCCCAAGAACUAGGCAGGCUAGUCCAUAUGCAAAUUCUUGAGCUUAAUUCAAAUGAUUUUUCAGGUCCAAUUCCAAUCUCCAUAACCAAUAUCACUACGAUGAACACACUUUAUCUCUUUGAGAAUGAAAUCACAGGUCCAAUACCCCCAGAACUAGGCAACCUCGCUAUGCUAAACCAACUUGGUCUCUACGAAAAUAAAAUAACAGGUUCAAUACCCCCAGAACUAGGCAACCUCACUAUGCUCAAUGAACUUUUUCUCUAUACAAAUCAAAUCAUAGGUCCAAUACCUUUAGAAUUGGGCAUCUUGCUGAAUCUACAGUAUUUAGACUUCGGCGACAACAAAAUAUCUGGCUCUAUCCCUGACAGCUUAGGAAAUAUAACCAAGCUAGUGGUACUACACCUCUAUGAAAAUCAGAUAACAGGUCCAAUACCUCUAGAAUUAGGCCUCUUGCUAAAUCUGGAGGAUUUAACCUUGGCCGACAACCAAAUAUCCGGUUCAAUUCCUAGCAACUUAGGAAAUAUUACCAAGCUAGUACAACUAUCCCUCUUCAAAAAUCAGAUAACCGGUUCCAUUCCCCAAGAGAUUGGCAAUCUGAUGAACCUCGAAAUUUUAGACUUGUAUCAGAACAAAAUUUCAGGAUCAAUACCGAAAACUUUUGGGAAGUUGCAAAGCAUCCAAAGAAUGCAAAUCUACGAUAACAAAUUAUCAGGUUCUCUUCCCCGAGAAUUCGGAGAUCUCAUCAGCCUUGUUGAACUUGCGCUGUCUAACAACUCACUUUCUGGACCUUUACCCGCAAAUAUUUGUUUAGGGGGCAGACUUCAAUAUCUCCAGAUCUCUUCUAAUAUGUUCAGUGGCCCCAUUCCAAGGAGUUUAAAGACAUGUACGAGUUUGGUUCGACUUCGCCUUGAGUCGAACCAACUAACAGGAGAUCUCUCUCAGCAUUUUGGUGUCUAUCCACAACUUGUACAGAUGCGGUUAGCAUCGAAUAGACUGUCUGGGCAGAUCUCACAAAAUCUAGGUGCAUGUAACAAACUAGAAGUACUACAUCUAGCACAAAAUAAGAUCACAGGUUCCAUACCUCCAAUCCUUUCUAAAUUGUCCAACCUAGAAGAACUAACACUCGAUUCUAAUUAUCUAAGUGGUGAGAUUCCACCAGAGAUCUGCACUUUAGCAAACCUAUCUAGCCUGAACUUGUCAUCAAACCAAUUAUCUGGAUCCAUACCUACACACAUAAAAAAGCUACACAAUCUAGCAUACCUUGAUACAUCUGGGAACAGACUGAGUGGAUUAAUACCUGAGGAACUAGGGACCUGCAUGAAACUACUGUCCUUGAAGAUCAACAACAACAACUUCAGUGGAAGUUUGCCAGGUGUGAUUGGAAAUUUGGCAGGCCUGCAGAUCAUGUUAGAUGUGAGCAACAAUAACUUCACUGGUGUGUUGCCGCAGCAACUUGGGAAGUUGGAGAUGCUAGAAUUUUUUAAUUUAUCACACAAUCAGUUCAGUGGCAGCAUUCCGUCGUCCUUUGCAAGCAUGGUGAGCCUUUCAACACUUGAUGUGUCCUACAAUGACUUGGAAGGACCAGUCCCAACAGCACGGCUACUCCAAAAUGCUUCAACAAGUUGGUUUCUUCCCAAUAAAGGUCUAUGUGGUAACCUCUCUGGCCUGCCACCUUGUUAUUCAACUCCAGUAGCUGGUCAGCAUAAACGAAAGAUACUUGUUUUGCUCGUGCCAAUUGUUCUUGCGGUGGUUUUCUGCAUUGUUGUUGCAAUUUCUGUCAUAAUAAUUCUUGGUCGUAACAAGAGAAAACAACAAGAGAGUGUUCCCGCUGAAGGAAGGGACCUAUUCUCUGUUUGGAAUUUCAAUGGAAGAUUAGCAUUUGACGAUAUUGUAAGGGCAACAGAAAACUUCGAUGAUAAGUACAUCAUUGGAACAGGAGGAUACGGCAAAGUGUACAAGGCACAACUCCAAGAUGGGCAGCUAGUUGCUGUGAAGAAGCUUCAUCAGACAGAAGAAGAGUUGGACGACGAAAGAAGGUUUCGCAGUGAAAUGGAAAUCUUAUUACAGAUCCGCCAACGAAGCAUUGUCAAAAUGUAUGGAUUUUGCUCCCAUUCAGCGUAUAAAUUUCUUCUCUACGACUACAUUCAGCAGGGAAGCCUCCACCGGACGUUGGAAAAUGAGGAGCAAGCAAAGGAAUUGGAUUGGCAAAAGAGAAUUGUUGUUGUAAAUGAUGUGGCUCAAGCAAUAUCUUAUUUGCACCACGAAUGCAGUCCACCUAUAAUCCAUCGAGAUAUAACGAGCAACAACAUCUUACUUGAUGCAACCUUCAAGGCUUUCGUCUCGGAUUUCGGCACAGCAAGGAUUCUUAAGCCUGAUUCAUCAAACUGGAGUGCACUAGCGGGGACGUAUGGGUACAUAGCUCCUGAACUCUCGUACACAUCUGUUGUCACGGAGAAAUGCGAUGUCUAUAGCUUUGGUGUGGUUGUGCUAGAGCUACUUAUGGGGAAGCAUCCAAGGGAUCUAUUAGACGGUAGUUUGUCAAAUGGGGAACAAGCUAUGCUGGUGAAAGAUAUUCUGGACCAGCGACCGACAACACCAACAGCAACGGAAGAGAGUAGCUUAGCUCUGUUCAUCAAGCUGGCCUUCUCUUGCUUGGAACCUUCUCCACAAGCAAGGCCAACCAUGAGGCAGGCAUACCAGACACUCAUCCAGCGACCCUCUUCUAGUUCCUCUUCUGUGCCUUUCAGUGCACUAACACUAGAGCAAGGGAUGCAUGUUGACAUGUGAUCCGAAUUCUGGCGAGGCGUCAGGGACUAUCGUAGCGGAGGCCAAUUUAGGUUCCCGCUUUAGACUCGAGUCACUCAUAUGCCAGACAUAUAUGCCUC